AAUAAUUGUUUGUCUGCCUCUUCAUUCAGACACGUUUAUCAUAUCAUCACUCAAACAUUAAGAAAAGCUUAUGCCUCAGCCAUCGUUUCUACUCGCUAGAGCGUAAGCAUGGGCACUCAGAGAAGCAAACCCAGUUGUACCAUCGUUGCCAUCUUUCUAGCAUUUUGUUGUUUUGUUUCUUCUUCGAAAGCAAAGCUUGAGAGUCUCCAACAUGCGCCCAAAGCUGAUGGGUCUCUAAGCUUCUUGGUGGUUGGAGACUGGGGUAGAAAAGGUGCUUAUAACCAAUCUCUUGUCGCUUUUCAGAUGGGUGUAAUAGGAGAGAAAUUGGACGUUGAUUUUGUGAUCUCAACGGGGGAUAACUUCUACGACAAUGGAUUAACCGGAGUGUAUGAUCCAUCCUUCGAAGAAUCAUUCACCAAAAUCUACACGGCACCUAGCUUGCAGAAGAAGUGGUACAACGUUUUGGGAAAUCAUGACUACAGGGGAAAUGCCAAGGCACAAAUAAGCCCUGUCCUUAGAUACAGAGACAAUAGAUGGGUGUGCUUCAGAUCAUAUACCCUCAAUUCAGAAAAUGUAGACUUCUUUUUUGUAGACACAACUCCUUUUGUUGAUAAAUACUUCAUUGAGGAUAAAGGCCAUAACUACGAUUGGAGAGGCAUACUACCCAGGAAGCGUUACAUUUCUAACCUUCUCAAGGACGUGGAUUUGGCACUAAGACAAUCAACAGCAACCUGGAAGGUAGUGAUUGGCCAUCAUACAAUCAAAAGCAUUGGGCAUCAUGGAGACACCCAAGAACUUUUAAUACAUUUUCUCCCACUUCUUAAGGCAAAUAAUGUUGAUUUGUACAUAAACGGACACGAUCACUGCUUGGAACAUAUAAGUAGCCUUGACAGUUCAGUUCAAUUUUUGACAAGUGGUGGUGGAUCGAAGGCAUGGAGAGGUGACACGAAACAGAGCGAAGGAGAUGAGAUGAAGUUUUACUACGACGGCCAAGGCUUCAUGUCUGUGCAUAUUUCUCAAACUCAGCUUCGAAUUUCUUUCUUUGAUGUCUUCGGCAAUGUCAUCCACAAAUGGAACACCUGCAAGUUUGACUCCUGUGACAUGUAAUAAGUUUACUAGUUAAACAAUAUAAAAACAUAUGUUCACAUCUCAUUGGCUGAAUAUUAAAUUAAAAAUAAAGCCUUGAAAUAAAUUAAAGUUUUUAGAAUUUUAAUUUAGUCAUCAGAGCAUUUUCAACUGCGAACUUAAAUGAGUUGUUUAAUUUAA